GCAAAUCUGUCACUAACACACUUGCAUUUCCCCCCUUCCUUCAAAACAAAAACUUCGGCUCUUUUGUCUUCUAUCCGUUUCAAUCUUUUGUUAGACGUACAAGCGCCCCCAAUCGACUAAGUAUCACUUGUUUUACGACCUGUAGUUUGUACGGUGAUGGCGUCGAGCUCCAUGACAUCCGCACGUGGCUCAGCCUCAGCGUGGACGUCUAAGCAAAACAAGCAGUUCGAGGAGGCUUUGGCAAUGUACGACAAGGACACGCCUGACCGUUGGCAUAAUAUAGCCCGAGCCGUGGGUGGGAAGUCAGCAGAGGAAGUGAGAAGGCAUUAUGAGAUCCUGGUUAAGGACAUUAUGCAGAUAGAGACGGAUCAGGUGCCAAUACCUAACUACAGAGCCAUGGGGAGCAACAGCAGAGGAUACGGCAAUGAGCAGAGGCUUCUGAAGAAUCUGAAACUGCAGUGAUGAACUUAUCUCGAUUGAGAGUAAAUACUCGUUGUUUACCUGAAGACGGUCGUGUAAGAAAGCAGACGCAUAAGUGUAAUAUACGUUGGGCUCCCGUGUGAUGAGAGGGGAUUUUUCGCCGUCUGUUUCAGCAUUUCAGUCAUAUGUUUCAAGAAACACAAAGAAUUGUAGUGUUACUUCUGUUUCUCCUACAACGUUUAAAGCUAGCGGAAUAAGAUGAAUGUGUCAUGUUGCCUGAAAGUGUACAAUAACAUGUUUUCUGCUCUUGUCUUUGAAUUUCAUUGCAAACAUAUGUUUUAAGGUAUGAUGUUUGAUUCCCAUAAUUUCA